UCGGUCGAAGUAAGACGUCUGCGCCGCAUAUACGUACGUGCGACCUACACUUGCAAACCCGGCAAAUCCGUGGCACCGUAGCAGUCAGUGGUAGAGUGGGUGAUCGCGUGCGUGACUUCACUAAACGGUGCUUUUGUUGUUUUUGCUUUCCCCUCUGUCGUGCGCGCUCUUUUUCUCUAUAUCUCUCGCUCGUUAUCUGGCGCUGCUAGCAGUAUUCUAUCGUGCACCGCUUUCGAGAGACGCGAGGAAACCCCAACACCUUAAGGGAGUGGUGAUUUUUUCGUGCAUAAUUCAAACCGGAUUGAAACGGAAGUGAAAGGUGCAAAUUGUGCGUGGCGCGUACUAGUGUCGGUGAACUCGCCCUCGUGUGUCACAAAGAAAUUGAUGUUUGCAGGUGUUUGAUUUGCGCAACACGACUGUGUGAUGGUGUGUGAAUUACAGUGAGGUUAUCAUCGGCUCCUGUCGAAAAAAGUUAGCAAUAAAAGUACCUCAGUACGUACAAAGAAAAGAGAAGAGAUAGCGGAUGUGAGAGCGAUAAAGAGAGAGAACGAAACGGGAGAAAAGGAUCAGAAAAAGCUCAAUCGAGAAAGUGCACGGCUGUGUAGUGUGUGAAAGUGCAUUCAAGCGGUAAAUGAAGUUGCAAUCGAAUUGGGAUAUCGAAAGCCGAUACCCGAACCCGAUAGUUUGAUCUCUAUAGUGAUGACCACCAUUGCCAAGUGACAGUCGAUUCUGGCGAUAGUGAUUGUCAGGAGCCCGUUCUACAACUCCGAAACCAAGCGAGGACUGAGAAUUGAACCGAAAGCUUCCUGGAGCGCAAAGAGCAUUGAUUCAAAGCGACGACAGUUGAAGAGAGAAAAAAAAAAGAAUACGUUAUCAACGUCAACGCACCCUGGAGCUGUCACUGUUUGCGGUUGCUGUCGAUACGGAAUCUGCUCACAUCAGUCCAGUGACUGAAGGUCGAGAAAAGUUUGACUAGCAAAUUGUUUGGGUUAUUCAAUCCGUUGCCGAUGGUGCGUUCAACAGAAAGGGCUGAUAAAACUGAACGAAAACAAAACUUAAAAGAAGAAUCUAUAAACUAUCGUUCGUGAUAUCAAGGAUUCUUUUACGGCAUAUGAAACACAAACCCAGGCAGAGUAAUUAGUUGCACGUAUUUUUAAAGUAAUCUAUAACAUAAAACAACAAGUUUGCGCCUUUGAUAAUGGUAACCGUUAGGCAGCUGUCCCGUCCGAUGGCGCUCAGUGGUAUACUGCUGCUAAUGGUCGGUAUUAAUCAAACCCGAGCGACUGCUAGUGAAAAUCAAACUACCAGCUCACAGCCAAACGAGCUGGUACAAUUUGAGGACGCCCUUACAGACUACGUUGGCGACUGGUUCAGCCGAAAUUCGAGGAAUCUACUUGAAACUACGCUGCUCGAUUGGCAACCUGCAGCCGGACCGAGCAAUGCCUCCGCGACGCUCAGCAACUUUGAUCGAACUAUCAUUAAGGGUGUUGCUCGGCUGCUCGGUACGGCUGCAGAUGCCGUACAAAGCCGGGCGUCAGCAAAGACCCCUGAGGCUGGACGAUUGUUUUUCUUCAAAGGCAUGAAGAAAUUACUCUGGCCGGUCAUGAUUGGACUUCAGGUAGUAAAAACCGUACUGAUCAUGAUGUUUCUCCCGAGCAUCAUCGGUUCGCUCGGCAAGAUCGUGGGCAAAGGCCUCUCGUCAGUGUCUGGAUUAUCCCAUCCGGUACAGACGGUGGACGACUUGGACUUCAAGGACACUACCUCUUACAAUGCGGAUCACGACUUUGGAAUGAACGAUGGCAACAACUAUCUGCCUCCGGACGACACUCACGCAUCCGGUACCAGCUACAACUCAUACGUGUACGAUCCUGCUUCGAUGGGUGCACACACCAACGCAGCGAACGCUCUGUCCCGGCUGGGCUAUGGUGGUGGACGGGUGACGUACGUUGGCCCAUCUAUGGUCCAGGCGGCGAACCGGCGGAAGCAGCAGUCGGCGAAGAAUGACUUCAAAAUAUUCCACGACAUCCCAAGCAGUAGUUUGCUGCUCACGAACUACGAUCCGUUCUACAGUCCGCUAUUGUCGCGGCUGGACGCCAUCUUUGCCCAGAUGGGUUUGUCAAACAAGGAGGAACAGUGCCGGCAGCGGCUCGUCUGCUUAAUGUACGCUAAUCCGGCCAAAUAUGCACCGUACAGCAAUCUCAUCUCGGCCCAACUGAGCAGGGAGCUGGAUGAGCUUCGAAAGCCUACCAAUGAUAAUCCAGACAUACUGCGAUUCUUCAAGUAUAUGCGAGCGGCCAAGGACGGCCAGGAUGGGGUGGAUUGUGAUGCGCACUACAAGGAAUGUACCGGCUACAAGGACCUAUCGAAUCCAGCCAUGGUUACCACGUUUAACGACAUCAAUAAACUCGUGCACGCCCGCAAACUGUGA